AUUUUUACAUGAUAAUGACAUGAGAUAGAAGCGACUGUCUCGGAAGCAGAAUGGUGUUGUUACUUACACGUUUGCCUGGUCUUUUAUAAAGCAAAGAGGCUUCUGUUGGCCGAAAGACUUCUAUUUCCUGCAGAGUACGUGGUUUUAUCCGAAAAUCACCGUGCUUUAUUUUCCCUAUUAUCCCUUUUUUCCUCAGUUUGACCUGCGAAAUUACUACGUUGUAUAAAGCCUGAUUGCUCCAUGGCACAGGUCAAAUGGUACUCCCUCCAAGGUGUCCCAGACGAUGGAAGGAAAUACACGGACACUGGAAAUCCUAGUGCCUUUGUGGAGUUACCACGUGCUGGCUCAUUGCACGGAACGCUGGACUCGACCCUAACGAAUACAGCUGAUGAGCAGUCGGAUUACGGCUCAAUAGCAGAAGAUAAUCGUGAACGGUUCAGAAGCUUCAACAAUGCCAACCUGACAGCGGGUGAUUCCACCAUUGAGAACCUUGGAAUGCACUCAGUCUCAAAUCAGAUUGGUGUUGCUGGGAGUCGAAGCCGAACAGUCACCAGUACGAGCGCGGACUCGUCACAGCAUCUACUUAUUGGCCAAGCCAGUGUAGAGCCCCCACAUUCUAACCCUGCUGCCACUACAUCUACCAGACCUGGCCUGAAUGACUCUGUUUGUUUGAGCAGUGUCCUGGGUGACCUGUCCACCACUUCUUUGCAGACCACACCAGAGUCAUCAUUCUUUCACCCCAUGACACAGACCAGCCAUACCACAGUUAAACGACCACCAGCAAGGCACCACCAAGCCCCUGGUGUUAAUGCACGGGCUCAGGAAUCACCUCUUAUUGGACAACCGGCAACAGCAGCAGCAGUGGCACAUAGGAACCUCAGCACAGUUCGUCAGAAGCUAGAGCUUGGACCCAGUGUAUCUAGUUCUUCGUCAGUGCCUGGUAGUAUGCCUGAUGCUAGUCAGCCUAUUCCCCGUGUGGAUCAGCUCUGGCAGCAGCUGCAGGAUCUGAACGUUGGGCCACAGCUGCAAGCGGCUGCUUGUCACGCUGGCCUGAAAAGUACUGGUGAGAAAUCGGCACAACAGCAGCAACAGUGUGUCUGUGAUCACCUGCGGCAGCUUGGUGUCGAUACCCUUACAGCGCUGGUAGAGAGCUUGAAAUUUGGCCCAGUGCCCAGAACUAGAGCCGACCAGAGCAGGAAUGGAUUGGCAGGUCUCUUUAGUACGACGGCAGCAGUGGCACAUGAACAGAGGCCUUCUUCUAGCUCCGUUGCCGCUUCUACACCUGGCGUCCGACAGCACUCACGUAGUCGCCACACCUCGUCACAUACGGCCAGGCAAGCUUCCAAACACCACCCAGCGUCUAGCUCCGCCAUUGGUGGCCGCCAGGCAGGCUCAUCUCAGCUUUCUGCAAAGACGGUAACCGCUGAUAGUGCACAGCAAAGGCGUACGGGCCCUGCUCGCUCAGCUUCUUCUAAGUAUGUAACCAGUACAGCAGCACAGAGUCAGCAGCAUGCUGGGAGCCCUGCAUCCAAGCUGCUAACUCCACAGCCACAGGAGCAGCCCCCAAUUUGCAGCCCCCAACAGCAACUCAUAGUGUUGCCACAGCCAGCGGGUGGUUCUGGCAACAGUGUUGACAAGGCCUUGGCGCCUGUACAGAUGACUGCUGGCGCCCACGAAUUGCAAACAAGCACGUCCAACUGGUUCUUUUUCCCGCUGGGACAGGUGUACACGUCCACGGCGGCCACGGUACCCAGGUCCACAGCAAGCGCACAGCCCACCGGGCGACGCUCUCCGCUGCCCACCGUGGUACCGCUCAGCCUGCAGGAUGCUUUCCAGCAGCAGAUGAGGCCGUUCAUUGCACGCAGCCGCAAGCGCCAGCACACCCUGGCGGUGGCGCGGUACAAGCGCAUGAUGGAAAUGCAACUGCACUCGUCCUCUUCCGACGACGACGAAGACUCGCGUCCUCCACCAAAUAGACAGCCGUCGCGCCGCCAUGUAGAUACGCAUGUUGGCCACCAUCAUCAUCAUCAUCAUCAUCGCUCUCGCUCAUCACGUCAGUCCGCGGCACCAGGGUACUCGCGCAGCUAUCCAGCCACUAACUCUGCUCGCCAUAUGUCAAGAAGGGAAAUUGUACAAAACACAAGACGGAAGUACAACAACCUGCCAGAAGUCCAACAGAGAGAGGAACAGAGUAAAGCUCAGCGGGAGCGUGAAGUAAAUCGCAUGAAUGCAAAGCUUUUCCAACAGCGAGUGACAGCAAGUGUGCUUGGACGUUCAUCAAGGCGGUGACGCAGUUUGAGAAGCCUCAACGUUCCCCAGUGAAGCAAGUGAGGACCCGGAUUAAUAUUUAUGUAUCAGAGACUAGUGCUAUCCAACCGUUGCUAAGCAAGGCAAUAGCUAAUUCAAUCCAGUUGCCAAAAACUAAGUGGUGCUUGUUUUCAAUCUUUUUUAAAUAUCUUUGCAUGUACACGUACUAGUUUGUGCGAGCAACUGAUGUUUUAACCAGAUAGCUUUAUUUUGUUUAACCUUUGUGGCUUUACAUGCUUUAAAGCAUCUGUUAACUAACCAACCAUGCCUUGUUUACUUCUGAGCAGAUAGCUAUCCUUGCAGCGUCACCGUGCUACAUGUGGAAGUAAUUCUUAUUUCCGUA